AUGAUAGAUUGUGCAUCACCUUUGACCGGGCCCGUCGCCUCUGGGAGUCGGGAGGCAUCUCUCUUUAAGGUACCCGCUGCCGCCGGCCUGCUUAUUCAACAAUCCGUUGAGAAACAGCAGGGAUCCCCCCAGUUGCAGUCAGCCAGCUUUCACCGGGGGCUUGAUCUCCCCUGCCCAAAACAGCACAUCGCAAUCGUGACGCUCCCCCAGGCCGGGCACUUGUUCGCCCCGCUCGCGCUCGCGCAAACGCUGCUGUCACGUGGCCAAGACGUCACUUUCAUGAGCCUGACGCUGGGGCCCGACGGCCCGCGCGCGUUUCCCCGGGGACACGUCGAGGCGGCUGGGGUGGAGUUCACUCCACUCGGCGAGAGCCACGUCGACCAGGACCGGAUCAACCGGGUGAACCGGGCGGGGGCGCACACGGCGCUCGCCAACCUCCCGCGCAUGCUCAACAUGCUUGUCGCGGCGGACGUGCAAAUGGCGCUCGCGGCCGACGAUCUUUUCGCGGCGCUCGCCGCGAGGGACCGCCUUCCGAGCGUGCUGGUCACGGACUUCACGAUGGCCGUCACGGGAACGUGGCUGGGGGCGAAGUACGGCCUUCCGGUCGUUAGAAACGUCCCGUCGCCCAACCCGCACAUCCCCCCAGACUGGCCUCAUCCCGCGCUCGGCUCGCGCCUCGGGGUCCCGAUGACCUUUCCCCAGAGGCUCAAGAACCACGGCGCGCGGAGCUUGUUCAACACCGUGAUCGCGGGGUAUGUAAAGUACUGGGUCUUGCCACGUGUCAUUGCCGCCGCAAACGCGACCGCGCGCAUGACCACCCUCCCGGCGACGUACGCAGCCGUCCCGCUGACUCAGCGCCGCGUCGCUUACGUCAUCAACAGCGCGCCCGGGGUGGACUUCCCAGUGGCCACGCCGCCAAGCGCCAUCUACACGGGGCCCCUCAUUCCGCCGGAGAAGGCCGUUCCGGCCCCCCUGCGGAACUGGCUCGACGGAAAAGCCCCCGGGUCUGUCGUCUGUAUCAGCAUGGGGACCACGGCCGUGCUGAGCAACGAGACUGCUGCCGCCCUAACGGCGGGUCUUUUGCAAGCGGGGGUGUCGUGUUAG